AUGUUUCCUGAAAAGGAGACUCCACGCCCCCGCUGGGCGGCGUGUUCCAAGUCCGUGUCUCAGUGGCGGGAUGAAGGCCGUGUUGCUGUCUGGCUCCGUGUCCCCAUCCUCCAGAGCAGCCUUGUGGCAGUGGCUGCUUCCCAAGGCUUUGCUUUCCACCACGCCGAGCAGGGCUCCUCCACGCUGACGCUGUGGCUGGGAGAGGGGCCCAGCAGGCUGCCAGGGUUCGCCACACACCAGCUGGGGGUUGCAGGUGCUGUUCUAGAUGAAAGCACUGGAAAAGUGUUGGUUGUACAAGACAGAAAUAAGACUAUAAACGCAUGGAAAUUUCCAGGAGGUUUGUCUAAUCCAGGAGAAGACAUUGGAGACACAGCAGUUCGAGAGGUUUUUGAAGAGACUGGCAUCAAGUCAGAGUUCAAGUCCAUCCUAAGCAUCAGGCAGCAACACGAGCACCCCGGAGCCUUCGGGAAGUCGGACAUGUACAUCAUCUGCCGCAUGGAGCCCUCCUCCUUCCACAUCAGCUUCUGCCAGCACGAGUGCCUCCGGUGCGAGUGGAUGGACCUGGAGGAGCUGGCCAGGACGGAAAACGCCACGCCCAUCACCAGCAACGUGGCCAAGCUCUUACUGUUCGGGUACCGGGAAGGGUUUGAUAGGAUCGACAUAACCAUGAGGGAGUUCCCAGCUGUCUACACAGGCCUGUUCUACAAACUCUACCACAGGGAGCUGCCCGAGUCCUACAGAAACAUGACGUGAUAGCAAUAUAUUUCACAUUUCCUUAUAGUAAUAAUUUAGAAUUAUUAUUGCAGUGUUGCGUAUUACAGUUAUCCGUGGACUUC